CUUCAAACAUGUAAACAACACUGUCGGCUGUGCGUCACCGUGGUCGAGGUACUGUUACAGGGGGUUGGAAGCGGUAAAAUCACAUAAAUGCCGCCGUUUUGCACUUAGUGACUUACAUUCUCGGGUCAUUGUGGUUUUGCGGGAGACUGCCUCGGCUGCGUGGUUAGUUAACAGUGUUUGAGCGCGUGAACCUGGCCCACGUGCCAAGACAUUUUUAAAGAAGUAGCUAACGUUAGCUACUUAGCGACCUAACUCGACACAUCUAACCUGUUCUUAGAGAAGCUGGGCCAAAUGUUAGCUGUUGUAGCCAGCCACGAGUCACACACAGGGCUGUGGUAACGCGAGCUGAGUGGAGCCUGGAGGAUGUCAUACCUGUGAGAGGCCGCUGGAUGGCGCUGUUCAGCCGCAGAGCCUCUGCCACCAGGUUGGAUGAUGGACCACCUUCAGCAGAGCGAGGAUGAGGACGCAGAGAGGGAAGGUGAUGAAGACGAGCGCUUCUUCGUUGAGGACUGCAGCAGCUCGGGAGGUGAAUUUGAGUUUAUGUUCAGGCACCAGCAGCGUCACAGCGGCCGUGAGAGCAGCAGGACCGGCUCUCCUCCUCUGGUCCUGGCCUUCUGUGUCUCCACUGGAGGGGCUCAGCGGGACGGCAGCCCGGGGCCAGCCCCCUGCUCUGACCCGGACUCGGGGCAGGAGCAGGAGCAGGAGCAGGAGGAGCCCAUCGAGGAGUGGAUGAUCCUGGGAGGAGAGGAGCAGGAGGGAGACGCCAGCAUCCAGCUCAACCUGGGCUACUGGAGCAGCAGCAGCAACUCUGAGGAUGAUGACUGUCACUCUGGAAAUGAAGGUCAGAACCUAAAAUCAGUCGAUCAUCCCUGGGCUGUAUCAGACAAAGACAAGCAGGGCGUUGACCAGUUGCUCCCUAGCCGCUACUACAUGCCUGGCCUCUCUUUGAUGUGUCACUGCUGCAACAAGACAGGACACCUAGCCAAAAGCUGUCCCAUCCGCAAGAAGUGUCGCACCUGUGUGCUGUGUGGGAUCCAGGGCCACAUCCAGAGGGACUGUCCAGGUCGACACUGCCCCACCUGUGGACUCCCCUCACACGGCCUCAGGCCCUGCCGAGAGCCCCCCAUAUGGAGCCAGCACUGCCAGCGCUGUGGCAUGACAGGACACCUCUCUGAUGCCUGCCCGGAUACAUGGAGACAGUACCACUUGACAGUCCAGUCAGAGGCUCCCCUCAGGCCACAGCCAGACCGCUCCGUCAAACACACCAAACACCGUGCUCACUGCUACAACUGUUCUGCUCAGGGACAUUACGGUUAUGAGUGCACUAGGAGGAGGAUGGUCAGUGGGAUGUUUCCUUCCCUGCCCUAUGUUUGUCACUACGACACCAAGGAGGACAUUGUCCAGCAUCACACCAGGAUGCAGAGGAGAACCAAAGAGCUUGCGAGUGCUGGCUCAGUGCCUCUUCCAGAGCACCAGCACUUGUCCGAACCAGCAGUGGAGAGCGGGGAGGAGAAUCAGCCAGCCCAGGGGAAGAGAAGGAGCCAGGAGGCACGAAGCCGGGACGGCAGGAGGAAGACGUGGCCAGAAAAACGCAGAGAGAGACGGGAGUUGAAGAAGCUGAGGAGGGAAGCCCAAGCCAGACGGGAAGGAGCGCUGCUUGGGAGAACGACCGGGGGAAGCUCUGAUGAUGACGUCUGCACCACGGACCCCUUCAGGAUGUCUUCCCAUCAUUAUAGGCAGUCAGAAAACCCUCCGAAGAAGAGAAGGAACGAGGAGAGGGGUGGCAGGAGGAGCAGGAAGAGCCGAGAGGCAGAGAGAUGGAUGAAGAGGGGGGGGUUGAAGCACCCACACAUUCACCUGGGAGCCAUAGAUGAAAACCUCCUUUCAACUAAACAAAGGGUGCGCCACCGAAGAAGAUGAUGUAUGCCUGUUGUUUUGGUGUAUAUGAUGGACCUAGGGAAGGACCAUGACAGAAGACCAGCCAGUCUUGUACAAACCAGUCAGCUUUGUAUUCAUGCCUCAUUUUCUGUUUUUCAUAUUUUUAUCUUAAAGGAGAAAAAAAUAAUAAAGGUGCUUCCCGUAUCUUGUUAUACACACAGAGGCGGGGUCAAGAAACUGGUCUUGUACAGUCUAACAUAUUUGCUUAUGUUACUAUAUACCACACAGUUGCUCAUAGAAUAUGUAUUGUGCAUUGUGGGGACUGUCAGACUGACAUGGAGGAGUGCUUUUGUUAUGAGCCUUUUAUCAUACACACUUUUUUGUAAUAGAUUUUUUUCCAAUUAAAAUGCGUGAAACAAGG